AAUUUUUUGGCUCAGUUAGCUAACCGAAUUUCCAGAAACUGCACGAAAUGUGCAAAUGGUACCACAUUGUAAUAUUAUUUUAUUUAGUGCCACGAGGGCGCUGUCUUAAUAACAAUGAGUCCGAGGAUAAUAAGUUAUUUAGGAAGUUCUUUAAUCAAAUUGACAAUCUGUUAUUAAAACUAGAAGCAAAGCAUAAGUCCCUCUUCAUUCAUCAGCAGUCAUGUACCAAUGGUUCGAUUCAAGUAGAAGACUCGGCCAAAACUGUAAGUCAAAGCUUGAACAAUCAGGGUUAUGGGUCUUCUAUACUACUAAGCACAAAAGAGCAGUUCAAGCUUUUGGAGCAACUGCUGAAAAACGAUUGUCCAAAUGAAAUUUAUCAUCAUUUCCAAACGAUCCGCUCGUAUAACCCACAUGCUCAUUUUGCCUACUUACCUGAACGACCUGCGGAGCCGGAACGUCGUCCUUCCCGUCCUCGUCCCCGUCCCCGUCCUUAUCGUCCCCGUCCAGCCCCUCCACCUGCACCACCUCGUCCUCCCUCAACUGAACGUCCUAGACCGGCUAGGACCACAAAGAAUCCUUGUGAGCGACAACAGGAACAUCACCUAGUAAUUCCAGAGUUCGUAUUGCCACCAGGAUACGAACUCGUUGAAAUUGAAGUACAUUCUUUAUGUCCCCAUGGAAAGCAUUAAAAUAGAAUUUACAAUUAAAUAAAAGCUUAAAUUCAUUUUCAAGACCUUUACUUGAAAUUGUUGCCUUUAAUAAAA